UCUAUAUAUAUAUAUAUAUAUAUAUAUAUAUACCUAUAUAUGGCAAUGAUACCCAUUCAUCAAUUCCACACGCUCUAAAAUCGAUCGCACGUUGCACCAGUGGUCCAGCCCCAAGUACCGUCUCGGACUCCGUGAUGGCGCCCUGGACUAGGGGUCAGGCGACCAAUCACAUACCUCAUUCCUGCGCAUAGCGAGGGCCGUUCUACUUCAGAAUGCCCAGUGGCGCUGCGGCUGACUGCGGGGUCGCAAAAUGAUUCCUGUACUUGAGUGAUGUCUUUUCCUCGUCUUUUUUGUUUCACGUCUCGACAUGUCUGGUAACCGCUACCCGCUAUCCCCAUCUUCUCCGCCUUGUUUUCUUCCCGGCCGCCACAGCCGCCAAGAGUCCUCAAAAUGGCGUCGAUCCGACUUAUCAACACAGAGACAUUGCGCAUGAAAAUGUUCGUCGGGGCUUCGGUCCCGCCCUACGCCAUCUUGUCGCACACUUGGGUCGAGGACGAGGAGGUCAGCUUCCAGGAGAUGUCGCUUGUCCACCCGGCCGGGGCCAGCGACAUCAACGCCGGAACGCGGAAUUGCGCGUGCACUUGUCAUUGCUCCUGCUGCCGUCCGGGAUCCGACAGCGACCCCACCGUUGCCGCCAUCAAGGCCAAGUCGGGCUACGACAAGAUCGUCCGGACGUGUCGCCUCGCAAAGGAUCGCGAGAUAGGAUACGCUUGGGUCGACACGUGCUGCAUCGACAAGACCAGCAGCGCCGAGCUCACGGAAGCGAUCAACGCCAUGUACCAAUGGUAUAGUAGUGCGGUCGAGUGCUACGCUCUCCUCACAGACCUGCAGCCGUUCGUCGCGUACAGCGAACACGGUGACGAGAUCGGCGGCCUGGACAAGGCGCUGGAGGGGUGCCGCUGGUUCACGCGCGGAUGGUGUCUGCAGGAGCUGAUCGCGCCCAAGGAGCUCCUGUUCUUCAACAGGGAGUGGAGAGGCGUCGGCUCGAAGCUGCUGCUCAGGGAGGCGAUCGAGAAGAUCACGGGCAUCUCCAAGGAUGCCUUCAACCACAAGCAGGACUUGCGCCACUACUCGGCGGCCACAAAGAUGUUUUGGGCCUCCAAGCGGACCACGACCCGCACCGAGGAUAUGGCGUACUGCCUCGUGGGCCUGUUUGGCAUAAACAUGCCGUUGCUCUACGGCGAGGGCGCCAAGGCUUUCCAGAGGCUACAGGAGGAGAUCCUGCGGCGGUCGGACGACCUGUCAAUAUUCUGCUGGUCGCCGCCCGUCAACGAGGUGGUGGUGCCGGAGCAGAGCACAAGAACGUGCCGAGAUCUCCUCGCACCGUCUCCGGCCGAGUUCGGCCUGUCGCGGUGGACGGAUCCGGAGCUGCAGAGCUUCGACAACGGGCUGGCCAAGUUCUCGGUGACGAACAAGGGGCUGCUUGUGCAGGGCGGGCGGCUGGCGCCGAUCCCCAAGACACAGGGCUCGUACUACAGCCUGGCGCUAAAGUGCCGCCAUCGGCAGCUCAACACCGGGUGGAUGACGGCGGUGCUAAACCUGCGGUGGAUCGGCCCGUCCAGGUACGAGAGGCUGAGCUGGCAGGGGCUGUCGCCAACAACGUCGGCGCGACACCUGGCCAUCUCGCGGGCAAUGGACGACUUCUACAUCAUCACGAGGGAGGUGUACGAGGAGAUAGCGCCGUCGCUCAAGUUCUACCUGGACGAGAACCCGCGGCUGCAGCUGCGGCUCAAGCCGACGGCCAACAUCAGCGUGAUGCAGCUCAACUGGAUGAAGCCGCAGCAGAACUGGGACAUGGCGGCGCUGCGGUUCGUGGGCGACGGCUGCGGCUGCAUCGGCAUCGGGUUGGGCGGCGAGGCCGUGUACCGGGGCUCGCGGUCGGGCAGCUGGACGGUGAACCUGUUCAUCGGGUUCCGGCUGACGCGCCUGCGCAACGACUGCCACGUCUCACUCUACUCCAUCGACGAGUGGGUGACGGAGCGCGGCUUCUACGAGGACCCGGACUGGCUGUCGGACCUGUACAAGAAGCGCGUCCUGUCGGCCGACUCGGUCGUGGCGGCCUCGCCCGACGAGACGGUCAAGGAGCUGCAGACAAGCUGGGGCAGCGUGCAGGUCCGGUGCAAGGUGCUACACCAGCCGGGGCGGCCGUCUCGGACGCUGGAGAUUGAGGCUACGCACGUCAUGAAUGCCUAGGCACUGUACCAUCUGCGAGGGAAAGAAAGGAUAAAAACCCACUCAGUAACAGGGGGGGGUUAAAACUGGAGAUGACAAGGGUAACGAAAAGGGGGUCACGUAAUGGCAUCAAGUCACUGCCAUUAUUGAAGUUGGUGAAAGAAAGAAGAAAUCGAGAAAAGCAGGUACCUACCUCUGCAGCAGCAACACAGGAAAGACGGCUGGGGCCUUGUGGGUUGGGAAGAAGCGAAAACAGGGCGCUGCGUCUGGAAUUUUUCUGGGACAGAUUCGGUACAGACUCGUCCGAGCGAUGGGACGAAGUGGGCCAGCCCCAAGGACGGAUGAGCUGAAACGGCCUGCACGUGCCGUUGCCGUGGGAAUGGGAGUGUUCGGACAGUCGCCGAGUAUAGGACGAUCAUCGGCUGCUCGCUCUGUGGUGCAGCCGCGCAUCACGAUACCCGAGGGGAUGGAUGCCGCAGCGGCAGGCCGAAUCUGCCGUCGCUAUUCAUAGACUGCGGCCGCGGGCGACCACGAGACCCUCGAGGUUUUCCGUCCCGGAGAAGCGGGAUGGUGGCUCGCUUGGCGUCGAGUCAAGCAGCCAAGAUGUAGGAAGCAACAGUGGAUCGAACACGAUGGGGGCCCGCCAGGGCAGCCCAAAUCGGGCCUGACGGGUCCGGGGCCAGCCCCUGCUCGCAUAGAGAAUGACCAACGAUCUUCAUUUUAGCCCCUAAACAAGUACAACACGAGCUUGUGAGGGGGGAAAAAUCAACCCACCCGCUGCGGCAAAACGGGGGGGAGAGAAGCAAGACCCCUCGUAUUCAGCGGUGCUGCCUCGGCCCCGAUGAAGCGAGUUUCAACCCCUAAGCAGGGAGGUCGGGUUUCCCCGAGCCUAUGUGGUGUGUCGGGCGGACAAUGUCGAUAUAAACGAGCAGCUCGCUGCUGGUGUGUCUGGAAAUCUAGGCCUAGUCCUCACCCUCACCGGCCCGCACCAGUCUCUCGCUUUUGGCUCCAACAUUGGACGCUGUACAUUCCUUCUUAUAUCAGAUAAUUUUAGGUGCAACAUCGGAAGGACAGAAAGAAACACUCAUCAAC